CACCGCUGCCAACACAGAUAGAGAGCAGCUUUAGUCAGACACAUUGACUCUUAGUCCGUUUUAUUUUAGUCAAACAUGGAGGUGGAGCUGCACGGACUCUUUGAGGAAAACACAACAUUCGACUAUGAGAAUUAUGAUAAUAAGAACAUCUGUCCGUCCAGCACAGUCUCAGACGCUUUGGCGGUCUUCAUGCCCCUGCUUUACUCUGUGGGCUUCUUAUGGGGGCUGCUGGGAAACGGACUGGUGCUGGCAAUACUGUGGCUUAAGAUGCUGAACCUGGGUGUGAUGGACAUCUUCGUCCUUCUUCUGAGUGUCGCAGACACCCUCUUGCUGCUUACACUGCCUCUCUGGGCUGUAGAUGCGGUUAAGGGAUGGGUCAUGGGCACAGAGCUCUGCAAACUGUCUGGGUUUCUGUUCGAGUUCAAUUUCUACUGUGGUAUCUUCACGCUGGCCUGCCUCAGUGUUGACUACUACCUGUCCAUCGUUCAUGGAGUCCAGCUGGUUUCUCGUAAAAAGCCUAGGUCAGUUUACGGUUGCUGCUUGAUCAUCUGUGUCCUCUGCCUGCUUCUGUGCAUCCCUGAUUUGAUCUUCCUCAGUGGUAGCACAGAUCAGAGUAACCAGGAAUGUAUGCACCAUUAUCGGCCUGAUUCCUGGCGUCUUGCCUCUCGUCUUCCACAUCUUGUUGUUUCAGUGGUACUUGUGCUGCUGUUCUGCUUCUCCAUCAUCCUGCUGAAGUUACGGCACAGCUCAAAGUGCCAGCAGAAGAAGAAGGGCCAAAGCAUUGCUAUCAUUGCAGUCCUCAUACUGUUUUUCUUUCUCUGCUGGACACCCUACAGCAUUACCUUCAUUGUGAACACUUUUCAGUCAAAGGAUGGCGACUCUUCAGCAGUGGAAGGAGACUGUGAAGGGAGGCAGUGGACAGCUAGCAAAAUAAAAGCAGUUUUUGGGCUUCUCCAUUGCGUUGUAAAUCCUGUGAUUUACUUCUGUCUCUCCCAAGAGUUUCGGGCUCGCGUUCUGAAUGUGAUAAAGUUCAAUGCUUGUGAAAUGGAGAGUAAUGAUGUUUCACUUUGGGACUCUAGUGAAGUAAAUGGUAAUGCUUCUGUCCAGGAGAAACAAGGUUCACUUCAACAUAUGAAUAUAUGAAUGACAUUAAACAAAUAAUAAAAACCCAAGAUCAUUAUAUAUGAAAGUAUGGAUCAUGGAUCUGUAUCUCGUAAUUCCUAAAAUGUAUGGUAUGCAUUCUUCAUUUAACAUUUAAUAGAUAUCACUAAGUAUGAAAUAACCAGUUGACAGAUGAUGCCUUUUAAAGGUUUCCGUACAUGUAUUCUGGAAAAAAUUGUCAUUAUGGAUGAGAAAGGAUGAAAUGAAAAAAGAUGGACAUUAAAUGAAAGAAGGUUAUGAAAUGUUGGCAAACUCAUUUGCACUUUAUGUUAUUUUAUUUGGUCAAAUGUCAUAUUUAUUUAUUUUUGUUGUAAACGUUUUGGAGUCAUGUUCUAGAACAGUGUUCUUAGUAAUGGACUGAAAUUAUCAGCCAAUAUUUGGCCAUUAGCCGGUUCUGUGCCUAUACUUGUAUUAUCAACAGAUGUCUUCAUUCACACUCAAUUACAAAAUCAUUGUCAAUGGAUAAACAUUUCCUUUGAAUUUUUUUUUGUCAAAUGUAUCACUGUUGUAUGAAAUCAUUUCAGCAUUCAAAACGUUUGUACAUACAUGCAUGCCCAUAUAUAAUAACAAUAUGUAUAUAUUUAACUGUGCCAUUUAAAUUAAAACAUUGUCUAUGUUACA